AUGGCUGUGGUGGACUUCAUCAGUAUGGCACCGCUGCGGUGGCUUUUGUGUGGUGGCACAGGCAGGAACAGCCACGUGGGUGCAAACCCACGGGCAUCCGAGCUGACCCCGGCACAGACCCUGUGCCGACCCCGGGACUGCGUGCGUGGGCUCUGUGCCGAUCCCAGUGCCACGUGGUCCCCGCAGGAGAUGCAGGCUGUGGACCAGCGCCUGGCGCAGCAGCUGAUGCGCCUGCGGGCGCAGCUGCACCGGCUGAAGGUGGAGCAGGCCUGCCACCAGCACAAGGAGAUGCUGGACGACGCGACCUUCGGCCUCGAGGGCUGCGAGGAAGACUCGGACCUGCUCUGCAACAUCCCACCCAAAGCCGCCUUCCUGCUCUCCAUGCCGCUCAAGCACAUCGGCGUCACCCGCAUGAACAUCAACUCCCGACGGUUCUCCCUCUGCUGA